GCUUCUGUGCACUAUCAAAUGUUUAUGAAACAUUUGCUUUCUUUCGAAAGUUAUAACAUUUGAAUUUCUCUUACAUUCCACGUUCCCGAAACGGAUCCUAUCAAAUAUUUCACAUUUUCUAUGAUCAUCUCUAUUUCAGGUAUUCGGGGAAUCCUCCUUAAUAGACGAAAUAUUCCUAUUAUGUCAAUGCCAAUUGAAUCAAUGUUAUUAGCUGUGAAUUCGAACUUUUUGGUAUUUUCAGUUUCUUCGGAUGAUAUGAUGGGUCAAUCAUUUGCUUCAUUGGUUCCAACGGUGGCAGCUGCGGAAUCAGCUAUUGGGUCAGCCAUUUUCGUUAUUACUUUCCGAGUCCGAGGGACUAUUGCUGUAGAAUCUAUUAAUAGCAUUCAAGGGGCAGGGCCUUUCUCGCUGGGCGAAUUGAGUUCCACGGAUAUGCAGGAUAGAAAGAUGCUAUUUGCUGCUAUUCCAUCUAUUUGUGCAUCAAGUUCGAAGAAGAUCUCAAUCUAUAAUGAAGAAAUGAUAGUAGCUCGUCGUUUUAUAGGCUUUAUCAUAUUCAGUCGGAAGAGUUUAGGUAAUACUUUAAAAGUGACUCUCGACGGGAGAAUCCAGGCUAUUCAGGAAGAAUCGCAGCAAUUCCCCAAUCCUAACGAAGUAGUUCCUCCGGAAUCCAAUGAACAACAACGAUUACUUAGGAUCAGCUUGCGAAUUUGUGGCACCGUAGUAGAAUCAUUACCAACGGCACGCUGUGCGCCUAAGUGCGAAAAGACAGUGCAAGCUUUGUUAUGCCGAAACCUAAAUGUUAAGUCAGCAACACUUCCAAAUGCCACUUCUUCCCGUCGCAUCCGUCUUCAGGACGAUAUAGUCACAGGUUUUCACUUCUCAGUGAGUGAAAGAUUUGUCCCCGGGUGUACGUUGAAAGCUUCUAUCGUAGAACUAAUUCGAGAGGGCUUGGUGGUCUUAAGAAUGGUUCGGGUGGGGGGUUCUCUUAAGAAUAAAGAAGACGAAUAGAAUCUAAUUCAUGUUCAUGCUAACAGAAGAGCGGAUCCAAUACCAAGACGACUUCUUUCUCAGGAAGUGCAGCAAGUACUUGAGGAAUUGGGGGAUGUCAUGCCCCACGAGUUAGUUGCCAAGUGCCCCCUAGGAGGGCAGUCUACCACAAGAUCGAGUUGGAGUCUGGAGCCAAACCCCCUGCAUUGGCUGGGUUUUGCAGAUGGCCCCAGCAAAGAAGAAACUCCAUGAGCGCCCUAGCUGAUUGUAAAUCGGGGCGCAGGAGAUGAAAUCCGGCCUUACUCGUUUAGGGCGACCCCCCUUUACUAAACCAAAUAAGGGCGCUAGCUUUAGCUAGCGCGCCCAGCAAGCGGAGGGUGGUCGUAGAUCACAAGCAAUCCUUCCGCGCACGUUAGCACGCGCCUGAGCGCUAGCUGAUCGUAGACCAAGUGCUUGGUUGCAUGGGGCGCGUUAGCACACGCAGUAGUU